GGACACGCCUGCGAACAGUGAGGCCCUGCUCAAUGUCCAUGCUAGAAGCCGCAGUGAGGGUGCCUUUGCGGGUGACGACUACUCAGUGACAUACGACAUUGACGCGCUCAGCGCCUGGAUCCUGCCUAGGCUCGUGCCUGGUCUUCGCGUCGGCCCAGAGAUGCGCAUCAGGACCGAUGAGUGAGUGAAGCACUGCUUCGUCUCGCAGUCAUGCUAGCUUUUCUGACUUCUGGCCAUUCUAGCGACCACUACUCGCUGCUGGAAGAGUUCGAGGAGUUGCGUCGACGCACCGCUUCCACAACUUCCCGCAACACGACGUCGUGCGACGGCCCACUGACAGGACGGCACUCAGAGGGUGAACACCGACAAGGAACUCAAGAUAUUUCAGUCUCCGGCGACUUUGGCGGCCCGUCCAGCAAGAAAGCCAUUCGUCCGCCUCGACGAGGCGCUGUCCGUCAGCGAAGAGCCGACAACAGCACUGGCGCUAUCUCGACGCAAAGCCUAGUGAACGACAAGAAAUCCUCCUCUCCGUCAGGAGACGAGCAAGUCGCAGAGCGUCUCGAUGGACGCGUCGAAGAGGCGAUGCUGGAAAUGAAAGACAAGGGCAAGCAAACGGAGGAAGGCACGGCUUGGCUUGACUUUAAUUCCGCCGCGACCGAUGCAUCGCCUCUCACGGAGAAGGACUAUCAGGUAUCUCCGACAAGGGGAGCGGAAGACCAGGUACAUAACGAAGAGCUGCUCUCUCCCUUGAGUCGCUCUUUAGCAAACGAGCUGGGACUUUCUCCGACGCCCAGUGAGAUUCGACGCAAGCGAUGCCUCUCAGCCGAGCUUGGGCUGCUGGUGGAGAAAGACGAAGAGAAGCACCACGAGGCUCUCGAGUCGGGUGACACCGUGAGCCCGCUCAAGCAAGACAAAUGGAAACGGCGGAGCCUUGGCUCGGAGAUGGGAUUGAGACAAUUCAGCUAUGAUGACCUCGACGCCCCGAACGGAUCACCAGUCUCAAGCCAGGUCGGACGAAGGCGGACAUCGAUCGAAUGGGGAUCCGCUUCUAAGCGAUCAAAAAAGGCUGAAAGCAGCAGUUGCGGCGGCAGCGUCCUCUCUGUCGGCACGGAGACGGAGAUCAUCAUCUCUCCCGAUGUGACAAUCGAGCGCAAGGGGUCUGUCAAGUCUGUUUGCGCAUCGGUCACCGAAGAUCAAGCAGAGCAGCAAGCUGUAGAAAAAAAGGUGGAGGCGCAAGAGGAGCUGCAGCAGCACGUCGUCGUCCUAGAGGGAAGCUACAGUGACGAAUCUUGUCGAGAUGAAGAGGGUCCGGCACCCAUUCAACACCCCGAGAUGGAAACCUCCAGUGCCGAGCAUGAAGAAGACAUCGGAAACGUCACUUCCCAGUGUUCGAUCGAGGAGGUCCUCUUCGUGCGUCAAGCCGGAGCCGCCUUGUCCGACGAAGCAGGCGAAGAGAUACCGAGAAGGACAACCUACCAGCCCGGGAUGCCACUCGAAUUGCUCGAAGAGGUGACUGAAGAGCCGACUGUGUCCGAAGUAAGCGAUGAGAGCGUGACCGGACUGCAAGCUGCCAACACCAAAAGGAGCGAAGGUCUGCCGGGAUCCGACAAGGAGCAAAUUGUGACAAUGUCGACACCACCACGAGCGCAAGGCAUCUCGCAAAUGCUCGACCGAUCAUGGGAGAGGCUUCACGGCCUUGGCACUCCCAGCUCGGUUGGCGGAACAUCGGCAUAUGGCUGGGCCGAGCUUCAUCUUAAUUCAUCGUCUCCUCGCUCAGCUUCUCGCUCGCCCUCCAAGUCGACCACACCGAGGACGAGACCUUCGAUGUCGAAGAAGAUCCACCAGCAACGUUUACACCAGCAACUUGCCUCCCACGCCGUGCUCUCGCCAUUUUCUUCACCGCAAAAGGUCAUUGGCCUCAACUCGAGCUUUUGGAUAAACUCUCCACAACCCGUCAAGCUCGAGCUGCAGAAGCUGCUAUACAGUCAGGCCAAUGCACCACUAGACCCCUUUUCUUCGUCUUCCAAGGUGAUUUCUCCAAGGACCCGUCCACGACUCUUGGCCGACCAGAUGGAGAUGAUACAGAACGACGAUGACGACUGGGUCGAGCUCGAAGCCGACGAAGAGAAGGUGACUGCGAAUGGAGGGCGCUCAGCAUCGACGACUCGCCGCUGGAAGAGAAUGUCGUCCAGUUCCACCAUGUCGCUAGCAAGCAUCGCUACUUCGACAACCUCGGGCAGCCUGCGACGGAGCAGCAACGGGUCCUCCGUCCUGGAGAAUCUGCAGCAGGCGAGUAGGUCAAAGGGAAAGGGGAAGGAAAGGAGAAGCCUGCACGAGAUUUGGUCAGGUAAAAAGCACGGAAAGACGGGCACGGCUGAUACCCCCGCGACACCGACGUAUCCAACCUCGAAGACGAGGGACGCAACCACACUCGGUCUUGAUGCAUUGAACGGCGAGAACGGCAAGACCGACUUGGGUGAGAGCGAUGGAGAUGAGAAGACGCCGGUGACCGCUUCGCAAACCCUUCAUCACCGUCCGCCCUCUCCGCCAGCCUCGUCGAUGGCAACUAGUAUGAGGGCGACGGGAGGCUGUGAGGAAGAAGAAGGUGAUCAUGGCUCAAGCUACAGCACCGAUGCAGUCUCGAUCAAGUCUUGCAAGAGAACCAGUGAGUGUGAAGAUAGGAGUGGCAUGUGUGUUCUGGUGCUGAGACGAAGCACGGCCAGGUUUUGCUAGACCACAAAGGGUCUUGAUCACGCCUCCCAGCAGUGCCUUCACUACCGUCUUGGGUAACCCCUGCCAAGAAGACGCUCAAGACGAGGAGGCACACUGGCAAGACGAACCUGACUCAGCCGCAGAAAUGCGAGACCAAGAGCCUGAAGCGACUGUGUUGCCCUCGCCAAGCUCGUACACCAAGAGGCGUCGCUACGCGAUCGGCUCGCCGUCGACCGCUUCGUCUCCCAGCAGGAAGUCGAUGAGCAGCUGCUCCUCUGCGACCAAAGUGACUGGCAGCUCGCGCCAGAUCGAGGCUUCGGCAAUGUCAAACGCAAUGACUUUUGCGAGCCCGCUGCGAGAGAUGAGAGGCCCGCAUCGACACCGUCGCACGCCAGGUUCGCUACACCGUCAGGGCGGCAGUGCCGGCGGCGGUUCACCUUGCUCCAUCAGCCGCCCACGCGCACAGCUCCCCUCGGUCCAUAUUCGCCCUCCAAGCUCUUCCACCAGCGUUCCUAUG